GUGUGUGUGUACAGUCAGAUCUUUGAGCCAUGCGCCUCCCUGGUCCACUUUAGUUCAGUGUUUUGGAGCCUGACCUGGUUUCGGUGGACGGCUGAGAGAAGCAUGAGAACUGGGACCCAGCAGCUCACAGGACGAUCGAGCUGAACCCCUCAGGAUAAUCGGUAGGGAACCAUGUACAGCUCGCCGAGCCCCAAGCAGGCCUGCGGGCCCGGGCUGACAGACAUGCAGCAGUACCACCAGUGGCUCUCCAGUCGACACGAAGCCAGCCUGCUGCCCAUGAAGGAAGACCUGGCCCUGUGGCUCUCCAACAUCCUCGGUCUGGAAAUCACCGCAGAGAGCUUCAUGGAUCAGUUAGACAAUGGCUUCCUGCUGUGCCAGCUGGCCGAGACGCUGCAGGAGAAGUUCAGACAAAUGAACGGAGGCCUGCCUGCUCCUGGCAGCAGCAAGACAAGACUCCCUCACCGGAGGAUACCGUGUCGACGGAGUGCUCCCUCCGGCUCUUUCUUCGCUCGGGACAACACCGCCAACUUCCUGUCCUGGUGCCGCGAGGUCGGAGUCGGAGACACCUGUCUCUUUGAGUCAGAAGACUUAGUUCUUCACAAGCAGCCAAGAGAGGUGUGCCUCUGUCUUUUAGAACUGGGUCGGAUCGCAUCACGUUACAACGUAGAGCCUCCAGGUCUGAUAAAACUGGAGAAGGAGAUUGAACAAGAGGAGAAAGGCCCUUUCCCUCCUCCGUUACCCGGACCCCCAGCCCAGCUUGUCCCUUCAUCCCCCUCUUCAUCGUCCUCUCCAUCCUCUCCAUCCUCUCCAUCCUCUCCGUCCCCACCUCAAACUCCAACCAAAGUGACUCUGAGCAAAAAAAGCACAGGGAAGCUUUUGGAUGAUGCGGUACGACACAUCGCUGAUGAUCCUCCCUGCAGGUGUGCCAAUAAGUUUUGUGUGGAGAGACAGUCGCAGGGUCGUUACCGAGUCGGCGAGAAGAUGCUCUUUAUACGACCAGGUGAAGACGCUUUAAUUACAGCUGCUCUUGUGGUUUCCCAUGCAGCCGGACGGCUGGAUGACGGCCGGUUCCAGUGGGAUGACAGGGACAUCCUGCAGAGUUUCACUCCACAGAAACCUAUGCUGCACAACAAGCAUGUGAUGGUGCGAGUCGGUGGAGGCUGGGAGACCUUCGAGAGCUACCUGCUGAAACAUGACCCCUGCCGGAUGCUACAAAUUUCCAGAGUGGAGGGAAAGAUAUCCCCCAUCAGCACCAAGUCCCCCAACAUCAAGGACCUGAGCCCGGACAGCUACCUGGUAGUGGCGGCCCACUACCGCAGCAAGAAGUGAAGACAUGUUAAUGAAAGGACAGAGGACUUUGUGCCAUUUCCUGGAUAAAGGUUCGGGGCAUCGCUGAGCAACAUCUUUGUUUCUGUACAUGUACAUGUUGACACAUCUGUAAAAUAAUAAUGA